CGUUUUUGUCGAUAGUCACAUUGCGCAGCGUACCCGUUGUAGUUGCACACCGUACAACACGUUCGAAAGUUCAUGACCCCGUGCCCUUGUUUAGAUACAGACACAGCUAGACAUGCAGCAUUGUGAAGUACGAAGUGUAGAGAAAACCAAAGAACCAUUUUGUAGCUGCAUGCUGUACGACGAAGAUAAUUGCUUGGCUGGAGCUUCGGACACACCGCGCCGCACGCGAAAACAUUCGGCUUCGAGUUCGAAGAAGGUCCGACUCCGUUCCGACCUGAUUUCGGAAGUGUGCGGGGCGCGUGAUAACGCCGAACCUCUUUCGCCGAAUGUUCGACGUGAUUGCGAAUUCGAUGGAAGGCCUGUCGGCACUGAAUGAAGGCAUGGUUGGGGAAAUAGUUCCACUACCUUCGGGCUUUGCUUCUGCCACAGUUCCAACCACGAAGCCGAUGACCACUGUCAACUCGUCAGCACCAAACCACUCAGAUAAUUGUGUAGCUGAGGCAGCUGGCGAUGAUUCGAAUGUUCGGCACUCAGUUGGAGAAGCGUGUGGCAUUGUUGACAAGGAUUCACUCCAAAGCUUGUCUGAUGCCUGCUCUAAUUCUAACGGCAACCAAGGAUGGGGGUUGCUCUGCGGGUCACCGGCAACGCACUCCGACAGACAGCAAGGUAAUGACUGUUCUGGCAUGGCUGGAGCAGAGAAUGGCGGCAUGAUGAAGCAGAUGACAGUGAACAAUGUGCAUCCCAUUGAACCAGCUGCCAAACGUCCAGCCACCGACGUCAUCCAGUUGAACUUGGGCAUGAUGAACGGUCCCUCGCUACCAGAUUGGCCAACAAGUGGAUCAUAUGUUAGUAACUCUAGUGUGUCUAGUGGUACAACAUCACAAGCGGCCAUGUCACCAGUUGGGACCGUGGACAGUGCUCCCCCCAUUCCUGUCUGGCCGCCAAUCUUAACCGUCUCCUGUCAGGAUUUGGACGGAGAACUGUACUUGGACAAACUGUACGGUGUAGACAAUAGGCUGGAUCCGCGUGUGCAGUCUUUACUCUGGGAGACCAUGUGGAUGACUCCACGCGAGUUUGAGGUUCAGUCUGGUCGCGGCAAGCACAAAAACUGGAAGUACAGCGUUCGCUUCAAUGGCCGGCCAGUGCGAGAGGUCUUGUCGGACAUAGAAAAGGCUUUUCGACUUGGCUAUUCUCGUAACGUUGUCUUCAGCGGCUCGGAGCCUCCUGUGGUCAGUUCAGCAGUUGCAUGGCCCGCUAACACUCCAACCCAGCAGCAUAACAUGAUGAAUAUGCAGAGUGACCAUCGGAUGCAAGCGCCUCCACCAACACAUCAAAUGAUGCAGGCCGGUGGUGGUCAACAAGACAGCAGCACAAUAGUUCACGUAGCAGCUCCUGUUCUACCCCCAGUUGGCCCACUUAUCAACCACUUCUCAAGAGCGGACGGAAAUCAAGGCACCGCAGCAGUUGCCAAACCAGUGGGCCCAGGGGGUCUCGAGCAUCAUUUCGUGGAGGCACUGAUGAUGACAAUGCGCAAUUCAAUGGAGGAUUCUGUCCGUUUGGUGGUCAGGCAAGUUAUGGCUGAUGCGGAGGCUGAACGCCAUAGAUUGCGGAUGGAAAAUGAAACACUGCGCCAACGCCUGUCUGAGCUUGAUCACGACUUGCAGUUGCAGCGCACCCAUGUAACGAAAGUGAAAAGUUUGCUAACGAGUAUGUCCUGUAAUAAGUGAUGUGACUACCACUCUGCACGUGCAUGUGCGUCCACUAAUAUGUGUGUCCAUCUGUAUGCGUGGACGUCUUUUGUUCCUGAUGUACAUGUAUGUCCACUUGCUUUGUACGCCAGUGACUGUACGUGUGCACGCGUGUGUCCAAGAAUUUUAUACUGUCGUCGAAACGGAAAAGUCGGUGUGUGCAUGUAACUAGGUUGUACACAUGUUUGAAUUGUCUUCGUCCUUUCUUCUCCGUCAUACAUAUACCAUGGUAAUACUCGAUCUAGUCCAUCUCUGUUUGUCUACACCAUCUCUCUUUAUCUACACCAUCACCCUGGCAGUUGGGGUAUGUGCAGUGCUUCCUGAACCAUUAACCUUUACCUUUUACUAUUCCAAGUAUUGAUAACUUAUCCUCGUGCCAUUUUUCAUUGGAACCAAAGCCUCUUGCUGCCUCCAUAAAUCUACGUGCCUGUGUGUCUGUACGCAUGCACAUCUGUGGGUCUCUCUCUCUCUCUCUCUCUCUCUCUCUCUCUCUCUCUCUCUCUCUCUCUCUCUCUCUCUCUCUCUCUCUCUCUCUCUCUCUCUCUCUCUCUCUCUCUCUCUCUCUCUCUCUCACACAAACACUUUCUCUUUUCCAAUAAUUGUCCAUAUAAUUUCUUGUGAAUGUGGCAUUUUCUGCACAUACUUCGCCUAUAAACCGGAUCCCUGUUGUUUAUUCGCUUUGGACCACUUCUGCUUUCACGUUUGCUUCACAGUUACAUUAAUCCAUGACAUUGUUAGCACAACUUGUUUUCAGCCUCUGCUAUGCUAUGCUCAUGCUCAUCUCAGCUUCUCUUCCACAUGAAAACUUCAAAAUCUCACAAUGACACUGAAUAUGGAUACCGGUAUAAUGAAAGUUAU